AUGGCUUCGAGUUCUAUGAGUUCAAGAAGGUCAACAUGGACGGCCCAAGAGAACAAGCUCUUCGAGAGGGCUUUGGCACGUUACGAUACCGAAACACCAGACAGGUGGCACAACAUUGCCAGGGCCGUGGGCGGCGGCAAGACUGCUGAAGAGUGCAAAUCUCACUUCCAGAUUCUUCUAGAAGAUCUCUACCAAAUCGAGUCCGGGCGUGUUCCCUUCCCCAAUUACAUGCAAUCAUCAUGAACGAUGA